AUGAAGUUUGCUGGCAUCAUUGCUCUCUUUGUGGCCGCUGCCACCGCUGCUCCCAUUGUGGGAGAGGCUAUCAAUACCGUCAAGGACACUCUCAAUGACCCUGCGGCUACUGUCGCCCAGGUCGAGGGUAUUGUCAGCCAGGCCGAGGCUGGCGCGGAGAAUGCCGUCAAUCGCAUCCUUCGCGGCAGGGAUCCCGGGCUGGGCGGCGCGGAGAAGGUGUUCAACGACGCUCUGGGCGGCGCUGAGAAGGCUGUAAAGGGUGUCGUAGGCAAGGUAGCCACCCAGGCCAAGCCCGUCACCGGCAUUGCUAGCGGUCUCGCUGGCGGCCUGCUCAGGAACUAG